UCCUCCAGCACAGACCCCCUAAUUGUUCUGCUUCCUCUUCCCCCUUCCCACACCUGCUCUCCCAAUUCUCUGUCCUGCUUCUUUCUUUACUCUGCUUUCCUCUCUUCUCCUUCUCCUCAGUGGUAAAAUGCACUUGGGUUGCUCACUCCACCUGCCCUCAGACCCGACUUCUGGAGGAGUUGAUUCAUGGCAGGAUCAGCUGGAUAGGUAGUACAGGUAGAAAAGUCAACAGAGGGCCUUUUAAGUAUUACUCAUAGCAUUGGCUUUAACGUUAAAAAGCCUGGCCAGCCAUGCCAGAUGACCACCAAGUGAGGAGCACUAAAUGAUUGGAGACACUUGACGACCAAGCACAAGACCAGACUUGAUCCAAGUACUGCAACGUCCAUCUCUCAGUAGCUGAAUGCACUGUGGACACCCACUUGCAUGUUGGAAUCUCAGCGGCAAUUAACAGGAGACCCUCUCAGCCUGUUGGCAGCAGCUGUAUCUGCCUCAAAGUGCUGAGCUGGGUUUGGGCUAUGUUAGUGCGUUUUGGUUGGGACCCACACUGCAAUAUUUGCAGGGUCCCACAGUGGCUGUUUUCAUGUAUGCUUACAUAUUGUGGUAGUGGUUGAUCAUUUGAUGCCCUAUUGCACAGCACUGACUUGGCUGGAUUGCUGGAAGGCACUCCUGCCAGAAUUUUUUUUUUUAAUCCAGUAAAACCAACAAAACAUGAAAAUAAUUGUGGUCACACCCAGGAAUUAGUGGUAUAAGCUUGAAUUUCCCCCACGCUACUCCUCUGAAAGCUAGAAACAAAUAAAUAGCUCUCAGUCAACAGCCCGUCAACUGAAAGAGCAUAUUCAUGGAAACCAACUCUGAAGCACAGUUUCAAAAGAGUUAAUACCAAAAGCUUCUGCUCAAACACCCAAAUUCAUCUUGACCAGCACACAGCUCACUCACACAGCAUCAGCAUGGCUUGGAGCUGUAACACAAAGGUUCGCCUGGGAGGAAUAUUUCUCUCAUUCUUUGGGUGGGUCUCAUCCUGCGUUGCGACUUUUGUGCCACUCUGGAAGAAUCGCAACCUGGACUUGAAUGAAAUGGAGAUCUGGACCAUGGGGCUUUGGCAAGUCUGCGUAACGCAAGAGGAAGGUAUUAUGGAGUGUAAAAGCUACGAGUCUUUCUUGGCUCUGCCAUUGGACCUCAGGGUGUCAAGAAUUUUGAUGUUCCUCUCUAAUGGAUUGGGACUUCUUGGAUUCUUGAUCUCCAGUUGCGGGCUGGACUGUUGCAAGGCCUGGGAAGCAAAAACGGCUCUAAAGAAACAAUUGGCGCUUUGCGGAGGAGUGAUUUUUGGCAUCUCAGGAAUUAUGACCCUCAUUCCAGUUUCCUGGGUCGCCUAUAACACCGUAAAUGAAUUCUGGGAUGAAACAGUCCCAGAAAUUGUACCUAGAUGGGAAUUCGGGGAAGCAAUGUUCCUGGGCUGGUUUGCUGGAUUUUUCCUUGUAGUAGGUGGGCUGCUCAUCAUCUGCUCAGCCUGUUUGAAAGGGAUAGAAACGCCAACAAUGCCUUUAGCAGCUUACCGUGAACCAACACAGUUGCAAGCUCCAUUAGCAAUGCGACACUGGCGCCAGCACUCGCACCCCAAAAAUGCUGACCUGGUAAUCUAAGACUUCCAGCACAGAAUUCUGUACUGCUCCCUAGCUUUUCAUAUUUUGAGACAGUUCCCAUAAUGAUUUACAGGAUGUUAGCUACUUUUUUGUCCAUAAGAAAUUAUUAAGUUUUGCUAUUUGUUUUGUCUU